AUGCGCGACACCGUCCGGGACGGCGACGCAGGCUCUGGCCUCCUCUCAAUGAGCGCGCUGUGCUGGGUGGUGAAGAGGAUGGAUCGCCUGACCGGCGACGACCGUCGCAGUGCGACCAGCAUGGACAAGGUCCUCGUUUCGGGGUUGAAGGAGCUGCGGAUUCGGAUGAUGACAUACAUCAAGGAACACGUCGCACGCAGACGGUCAGGCCAUGUCGGAGUUGGUGCCGAUGCCUGUGAAGACGACGCCGCGGAGCCCCCUUCGGCAUCCCAAGCAGUCGGUGUCGCCGACACAAGCGGAGAGGCCGGAGACGGCGUCGACAAGGCAGAUGAGGAGGCAGAGAGGGCUGUGGCGAGGACCGCGGAUCAGGAAAAGGAGGAGGAGGAGGAUGACACCGACGAUCAGGAUGAUAACGAGGAGGAUCGUGAGGAGCGUGAGCAGGGGCAUGGGCAGGAGGAGGAGGAGGAGGAGGAGGAGGAGGAGGAGGAGGAGGAGGAGGAGGAGGAGGAGGAGGACGAGGAGGAGGAGGAGGAGGAUGAUGAGGAGGAGGAGGAGGACAAGGAGGCGGCGGCGGCGGAGGCCGUGGAGCAGGGUUUCGGGUCGGUGGAGCAGGUGGCGGAGGGGGAGAAGCAGCAAGAGGGGGAGGAGGAGGUAGAGUUCCCCUGGGUCGAAUUCGAGAUGGAGGAUGUUGAGGGAGCGGCGGCGGUGGCCGUGGAGGGAGCGGCGGCGGCCGUGGAGGGAACGGGCGGGAUGUCGGCGGAUGUUGUGUACGUGCGAGGGGAGGGUGCCGAUGUGGAGAAUGUCGGCGUGGAGGAGGCGCACGUGGUCGGCAAUGUGGUUGGCGACGCGAAGGAGGAGGAUAACGUCGCGUCCCCGACGCCGACGGGCGUGGAGACCACCACAGGGAACGCAGGGGUGGAACGCCGGGGUGGAGCGGUAGAGGCGGGCCGUCAACCGGGUUCCUCAGCAGCUGGUCGGCAGGCAACGCCGGUCGUCGUCGCGCAGCUGCGACAGGAGAACAUGUGGCUGAGGGCUGAAAAUGCUCGUCUCGAGACGGCGCUCGGAGUGGAGAGGGGUCGGGUGGACAGGUUCGCGAUGGGGAUUGGCCACCUCGUGGACAAGCUCAGGUCGUUGGCCGACCAGGUCGCCGCCUCCGACCAGGACGCGUCGAGUCGGCUGAUGGACGCGUCCUUGACCAUGGCGACGACCGUGACGGAGAACAUCACUGCCAACAUGGGUGAAGCAUGGGAGGCGAUGAAGGCGUACGCCGAGAGGGCGGAGAGCUGGUUGGACGAUCUAGAGAAUCCGGAGGGGGUUAUGGCGGUGCAACGUGCGAACGCGGUCGUCGCCCUGGGCAACCACGUGGACGAAGCGAGGAAGGGAUUGGAGGAAUACAUAUCGAAGCACCUAGUCGCCGCGCAGACCAACAUCGCCGCCGCCGUAACUCAACGCGUCGCCGUCCCGCCGCCCACGCAGCCCGCCCCACCGCCAGCCUUCCCGGACGAGCUCAUGAAGUCUUUCAAGGCGGACGUGUUGAAGGCGGUGACUGAGGCCACCCAGCAGUCGUUUGCUGCGUCCGGGUUAAACCUCAUGACCCAGGUGAUCGGCCAUCUGGCGCCUGGUCGGCAUGGGUCGUCGCCGUCGGACAACGAGGCCGACAAGAAGGGUGCGAAAAGGGCGGGCGGCGGAGAUGAUGCGUUGAGCUCGAAGCGGAGCAAGGGAGCCGAUGGGAGCCGCGGCGUCGGCCAGGUGGCUCCAGGCGGCUCGCGGAGCAAGGGAGCCGAUGGGAGCGGAGGUACGAGCGUGGUCGACCAGCUGAAGAAGAACGGGGCCAAGGUGAUAAGGACGCACAGCAAGGGCGAUGGAAUCAGGAGUGCGGAGGGGGGCCCUGCCGACCAGGUUGCCGCUCAAGAGGCUGGACCAACAGCCCCGCCAUUGGUCGCCGAGAAGCCGGCCAGUCUAGCGACCGCACCAACGGCGAUAGAUGGCGGCGCCAAAACCGUCAAAGGACCGUCCGUCGGAGUGGCGGGGACCACGUCGAUCCCCCGCAAACCCCCUGCGGCUAGCAGCGCGCCGGUCGCCCCGUCAGCCGCCAACAAUGAUGGGCCGUCCCUUGCGGCUACUCCAGCACCAGCAGGCACGUCUGCCGCCAAGGUUGACGCGGUGGAUGCUGCGGCUAACCGCGCUGGUCCGUCCGCCCCAAAGGCGAACGCGCUCAGGGAGAUGCUCAGCCGCAUGGAGACCCAUCGACAGGACGUGCAGCAGCCUCCCGUGGUCGGCACCGCGCCGGCCACAACAGCACGUCGCUCGGUCACUCCCCAGGUCGCCGCCACAACGUCCAGUGCCCCACCUACCGCGCCUAUCAUCGCCGCCCGUCCUCCUGUGGACCCAAAGUCCGCGUUGCUUCGCGCCCAGUUAGGCCUGCACACACUCGGUGCGGCUACUAUCGAGGCGGUGGCGGAGAAGGGCGUGAGUGCAGCGCUAGCCACGGGCGGCAGAUCAGUUGACCCUGCACAGGCGGCGAAGGACCACAACGACGCCGAUAUCGCUGCCAUCCAGGACCUGUUGGAAGCGGUAAACCGCCCCAAGCAGCCCCCUGUGCUGGCCAUCUUGGACUCGGCGAGUCCCACCGGCUGUACAGCGGAGCCAAAGACGACCACUGCUGCGGUCGGCGCGGGAAAGUCGAAACGGAAGGGGACGGUCGACGCAGGGAAAGCGAGGCCGAGCUCGAAGAAGAAAACACGGGCGACGUCGGCGAUGGUGAAGUCGGUGCAGAAAGGACAGGGGAUGGCGACGGCGAUGGUGGAGAAGGAGAAGAAGGAGGAGGAGAAGGAGGAGGAGGAGAAGAAGGAGAAGGAGAAGGAGAAGGAGAAGGAGAAGGAGAAGGAGACGGAGGAGAAGGAGAAGGAGGAGGAGGAGGAGAAGGAGAAGGAGAAGGAGGAGGAGGAGGAGGAGAAGGUGGAGGAGGCGGAGGAGAAGAAGCUGGAGGAGGAGGAGGCGGCGACGGAGGAGGAGAAGGUGAAGGUGAAAGAACGGAAGGGUCAUGGCAUCCGCCACGACUCGACGGGCGACAAGCAAGGGUGGGUGGGCGAGAUCAAGGUGGUCGGGAACGAGAGCAGAUACAUCGGCAAGUCCCGCGACAAGAUGGAGCUGGCGUACCUUCACUCCAUUGUGUACCUCCUGUACGACGGUUUCGUCAGCAAGAUCCUCAUGGCCGAGCUCACCGGCCUGGAGGAAACAGUGAUGAAGCAGUGGAGGGCGGUGUGGAAGGAAGUCCGGUUCUUGCCGACUGGGAUGUGGACGGUGAUCUGGGCAAGGGGCGCGUUCCUCCCAAGGACACGGUUCGACGACAUCCUCGGGAAGUAUAGAGCGUACAAGACAUCAGGCGAUGCGCACCACGACGCGCUUUUGCCCGCGAUCUGGUUCCCCGUCGAUGCCGACGGGAAGUCGGAUGCAAUGAUGUCGGCCAUGCUUGAUCGCGUGUCCUUGUGCGCGGCGUAUGGGGAGGUCGCUGCAUCCGCGGCGAGAAUGGAGGGCGACACGGAUCAGAAGACGGCGAAGGUCGCACAGGCGCUGUCGGCCUCAGCUUGCGCACUGUGGUGCUUAGUCGAGGGCGACGGCGCCCAGGUGGCUGAUGCCGUCCGCGAAGGGAAGGCGGCGGCGAUGUUGGUCGGCGCCAGCGAGGCUACCGCCGCCGAGUUCAAGAACGUCAUGUCGGCGGUGCUGGAGGUGGCGAUCAGCAGGCAGCAACCCCUUGGGGAGGUUGCGCACAACGUCGCACCGGCGCUUGAGUCCACCGCUCUGGCCAGAGCCUAUCCGGGGUUGGAUGUUGAACCCGAGGCCAAACUGAUCGCACGAGCGACAGUGGAAACCCUCGCGUUCUGGGGGAUGUGCCCCGUGGAUGGGCCGAAACUCAGGAAGAUCGGCAUCGCGGUGCCGCUGGAUGCGCAGAUGGAGUACGACAUCGAGCACAGGGGGAGGAAGAGGCCGAGGGGCAAGCAGGGCAAGGACAGCUCGGGGAAGAAGGGGAAGGGCAGAGCGGGCAAGGACACACGGCGGCGUAGUCGGCAUAACAAUCUGCCAUGGGCGGCCGGAGGGAGCGCAAGUAGGUCUUCUUGCAAGGAUGGCCUGGUAUGGGCGGCGUCGAUUAUGUGGUUUUUUUGGGAUUUUUUUUCCGUUUGA